GUUUUAACAAAAUGUUUAAUUUAAAAAAGCUUAAUUUCAUCACUUUAAUUUUGUUAAUCUGCUGCAGUUACUCUCAAGCGGAUACUAAAGUUUUAAGAAAAUUCAGCGUAUCUCUACGUUAUACUUUACGUGAUGAGACUAUAUCUCUAAAUGAUGAUGGAAAUUUAGUUGUGGAAGGUGGAAUUGUACAAAAAUUUUCCAUACCAAAUGAUGACAAGCAUGUACAAAAAUUAGAUAUUGUAUUUGUGGCUGAUAAGAACGGCUAUAGACCGAUUGUUAUAUUGGUUAAGGAAAAAUUUGAUGAUACGCAUCGUUUAGCAGUAUCUACUUUAAAAUCAACUGCUGGUUAAGUACAUAAGUUUUAAUAAAAUUAUAAUAUUGUGAGAACGAAAAUUAAUCAAAUUUUGAAAAUUAAAUUGAAUU